AUGAGCUUUUUAUCGAAAUUAUCAGAGCUUAGGAAGACAACACCACCAGCCAGGAAACUAACGCCAACAGCUACUGCUUCUAAGAAUAAAUCAGAAGAAUUCACAUUACUUCCAAAGAAUUAUGUACGUGAUGAGGACCCAGCAGUAAGAAGAUUAAAAGAAUUGAGACGAAAAGAACAAGCGAUCAAUAAUGUUAUAAGUAAGAAGCCACGCGCUCGGAAGAGGCCCUCAUCAGGCCCUAAGAAUAAGGUGGCUAAAGAAGAUGGUGGUGACAUUGGGACAGUAUACAAAAAGAAAAUUGGGUCGAACACUACUGUCAGUAGACCACAGGUUAAAAAACCUGCUCCUUUAAAGAAGAUGAGUUUUGAAGAAUUGAUGAAACAGGCUGAGAACAAUGCGACUAUAAGUCCUACGGUGAAAUCAGAAGCAAAACAUGAAACUUCAUCUGCUAAUAGAAUAAUGAAACCAAAUUUCAAACACUCCAGUUCCAAGCUUAAUCCAAGACAUAAGAUUGAUGCAAGAGCUAAAAUAGAGCCAGGGAAAGAAAAGCCGGUGAGAUUAUCUUUGCCAAAGAAUAAAUUUGCACAACCAAAUGAUAGGAUAAGAAAAGAGUUAGAAUCAAGGAAAAAACAUAAGCAGGGAUAUAGACGCAAUGAACUAGAUGAGGAAGACUCGGAUUUGAGUGAUUUUAUUGAGCAUAGUGAUGAUGAUGACAGAUAUAAAAGACGUACACUAACGUCGUAUGACGAUCCUGGAUAUGACAGGGAUGAAAUCUGGGCAAUGUUUAAUAGAGGCAAAAAACGCGAUCCCUAUGCAUAUGAUGAUUAUGAUGAAGGGGAUGAUAUGGAAGCUAAUGAGAUGGAAAUUUUAGAAGAAGAAGAGUAUGCUAGAAAGAUGGCAAAGUUGGAGGAUAAACGUGAAGAGGCAUGGUUAAGGCGGCGUGAAGAAGAGAAAAAGCGUCUAAAGGGAAAGAAAUAG